UUUCGAACGCCGCAGCCUCGCCACAUCUCGCUCUCUCUCUCCUGAGGAAUGGGCUGCGUCGCAAGCUCCGCUGUGGAUGACGGAAGCGCAGUCUCGCUCAAAAGCUUUCGAACUGAGCGCGUUCUCGGCGAAGGCACGUUCGGCAAAGUGUCGCUCGCAGUGGAUAGAAGGGACGGACGGAAGUACGCGCUGAAGACGCUCGACAAGGAGCGCCUGCGGCAGAAGAAUGCCGUAAAGUCUGCGAUCCGUGAGCGCUUUAUCCUCAUUUCGCUCUCCUCGGCCGACUGCAGCCGCUUUGUGACGAGCCUAGCGUACACCUUCAGCGACGCGUGCGCCGUCUACUUUGUGAUGGACUGUGCGCUUGGCGGCACUCUGCUCUACCACCUCCACCACUCCUUUCCGGGCGGCUUCGAGGAGGGGCACGUACGGUUCUACGCCGCGCAGCUUGUCUGCGGCCUCGCCCACCUCCACUCCCAACUGAUCCUCUAUCGAGACCUCAAGCCGGAGAACACGCUGCUGACCUCCGCGGGGACGAUCAUGCUCUCCGACUCUGGCCGUCAGCGAGCCGUCUCGUUCUCUCGGAGCCUUCUCGGAGCCUUCCUGUAGGCUCUCCGACUUUGGCGCCUCUCACCUCUCCCGCUCUCCGCAGGUACUCGCUCGGCGUGACUCUGUACCAGCUGCUUCACGACGCACUUCCCGGCGAGGACGGCCUCGCGGAGGCAUGCCUCGGGGAGGAGGAGCCCAGCCCAGCCCUCGGGCGGCGGAGUGCGGUGAGGCGCGCGAGCCGUCCCUCUCCGUAGGCGGCGAGCGAGGAGGAGGAGGAGAGGCCUCGCCGCGCGUCGCUGUCGGGCAUGCGGUCUAGCGCUCCCUGGGCCACCGCUUCGCCCGCCGGCCGGGCUUUUGUCACAUCCCUCCGGCACUCCGACGCCGACGCGCGGCUCGGCGCGGGCGGCGCGUCCGAGGUGCGUGCCCACCCCUUUCUAGCCGGGGUGGACUGGUCGGCGAUGCAGGCGGGAGCUGUGCCCGCUCCCUUUCUGCCGGCGAGAUCGACCGCCAACUUUGAGCUGCACGCAGACGACGUGCUCAACACACUCGACGGCGGCCUCACUCCUGGGGCCCGCAAGUGCCAGCCGCCCGCUGCCGACGAUGCAGAUUUUGCAGAGUGUGUGCCGUGGGCAAGGCCGGCGUCGGCCGCGUGAGACCGUGUAAGUGUUGUGAAAUAAAUAAAUAAAAACGGACAUCUCUCUAUACUGUGAGAUGGGUAAAAAGG